AUAUAAUGAUGAAACGCCAAAAAUGUGGUGUUCCCGUAUUUGUGUUCCAUUUAAGAAACUUCUUAAAUAUAACCCCAGAAUCUUCUUAAAGAAUGAAUAUAUUCAUAUGACUGAUAGAUUAUAUAAAAAUGGAAAAUUUGAACCUGGAAGAC